GUAUUAAUCAGCAGUGGCAGGCAGCCCCAUCUGUCUGCUGGCAAGCGCUGCUGCCUGCCGCUUCAAUAGGAAGAGCAGAGCUACACAGACAUACAGAAGGUGGCGAGAUGAUCUUUAUCAUCUCGCCACUUAACUUGCCCUGCAGUGAUGCUGGUGCUGCCAUCUUUCAGUGGGCGGCAGGACCCACCUCUUGAGACAUGUGGUGCGGUGCCUGUGCUUUCUUCUCACUCCCUGCGCUGCACGCACGCUGCGUCCUCACAGAGGGCUUUUACUCCUGAGUGUGCAGACGUGCUGGUGGUGCUGCUGUCCUCCCCCAUGAAACAGAAGCUGCCUGUGACUCAGUGGUGGACAUCACAGGCUGCCGCUAGUCCCCCAAGACAGUAUAAUAUAGGAGCUAUUUCCUGGGGCACUGCUACUCCAAUGGAUGUAAUAAAGAGUCGUCUUCAAGCAGACAGUCUGUAUAACAGAAAAUACAGAGGAGUCAAAGACUGCAUUAAGCAAAGUUACUCUAAUGAAGGUAUUCAGGUAUUUUUCAGGGGAAUCACAGUAAAUGCCAUACGAGGCUUUCCAAUGAGUGCUGCAAUGUUUUUGACCUAUGAACUUUCAUUACGAGCCCUGAAGACAAGCAAGGAAUCAAAUUAAACACCUUUUCAAGAAAGUUAUAUUUUUAAGUUUGAUUUUGUUUCUUUUUGACAUUACAUUUCUUCAAUCUAUUGUUAUUAUAACAUAUGACUUGUGUAAUUAAAAAGAGGAUAAUUAGAGUCUGCUCUGUUGUUAAUAGCCGCAUGAAAAGUCAUACUACUUACCACAAAGAUAAAAGAUAGUGAAAAGGAAAAGAAGCCUUUGAGCUGCUGCGUAACAUAAAUGAGGUCAAGAUUUUAAUCAAACUCCUGCCGUUUGUGUCAUGAGAUAUCAGAAGUGUACGAUGCUAUUGUUCCAUUUCAUUGUGUACUGCCAAAACGACUACAUUUGUGAAAUGUGUGGGCUAAUACUUUUUUGCAUCAUUUGUUUUUGCUCCUUAUUUGAUGUUUCGAAGAGGAUGGUCUGAGAAUACUGUUCUUCACCAAUAAUUCCAGAAAGGUUUUGUUGCUGAGCUGCUUGACCAGAUAUUCACAUGAGCAUAUCAGAUACAACUGCAUUGUAACAAAAUGAUUAAUUUGUAUCAAAAGGCUAUAUGUAUUUUAUAAUUAGUCAGGAUUACAGUAAAUCCAAGAGUUUUCUGGGAGGAACACACUCAUGACCUAUUUUUAGGACAGGCCAUUAAUGUUUGGUCAAUCUCUGAUACCUGGACCUGUUA